GCCGCCUGCGGAGAGGACCGAGCGGCCGGGCCUGCGUGGGGCCGCGCGCGGCGGAGGCGGCGGCGGCGGCGAUUUCCUCCGGGCCGUGCCGGACAGCGCAGGGCCAUGGCCGAGGCGGCCGCGGCUCCGAUUUCUCCGUGGACAAUGGCAGCUACGAUUCAGGCCAUGGAGAGGAAGAUUGAAUCGCAGGCUGCCCGCUUGCUUUCUCUAGAAGGUCGAACCGGGAUGGCUGAGAAGAAGCUGGCCGACUGCGAGAAGACGGCCGUGGAGUUCGGGAACCAGCUGGAGGGCAAGUGGGCCGUGCUGGGGACCCUGCUGCAGGAGUACGGGCUGCUGCAGCGGCGGCUGGAGAACGUGGAGAACCUGCUGCGCAACAGGAACUUCUGGAUCCUGCGGCUGCCCCCGGGCAGCAAAGGGGAGGUCCCCAAGGUGCCCGUGACCUUUGAUGAUGUGGCCGUGUAUUUCUCUGAGCAGGAGUGGGGCAAGCUGGAGGACUGGCAGAAGGAGCUCUACAAGCACGUGAUGAGGGGCAACUACGAGACGUUGGUCUCCCUGGACUAUGCCAUCUCCAAGCCCGAGGUCCUCUCCCAGAUUGAACAAGGAAAGGAGCCGUGCAGCUGGCGUCGCGCUGGCCCCAAGAUCCCAGAUGUUCCUGUGGACCCAAGUCCAGGCUCGGGGGCCCCGGUCCCUGCCCCUGACCUCUUAAUGCAGAUCAAGCAGGAGAGUGAGCUCCAGCUGCAGGAGCAGCAGGCUCUGGGCGUGGAGGCAUGGGCAGCCGGGCAGCCAGAUAUCGGGGAAGAGCCCUGGGGCCUCAGCCAGCUGGACUCCGGAGCAGGAGACAUCUCCACGGACACUACCUCUGGCGUCCAUUCGAACUUCUCAACCACCAUCCCACCCACCUCCUGGCAGGCGGAUCUCCCUCCCCACCAUCCUUCGUCAGCAUGCUCGGACGGGACCCUGAAGCUCAACACCGCAGCCUCCACAGAAGCAGAUGUAAAAAUUGUGAUAAAAACAGAAGUCCAGGAAGAGGAGGUGGUGGCCACACCCGUGCAUCCUACUGACCUAGAGGCUCACGGGACCCUGUUUGGACCAGGCCAAGCCACACGGUUUUUCCCUAGUCCUGUCCAGGAAGGCGCCUGGGAGAGCCAGGGCAGUUCCUUCCCCAGCCAGGACCCUGUGCUGGGGCUGCGAGAGCCCGCCCGGCCUGAGAGGGACAUGGGUGAGCUCAGCCCUGCCGUGGCCCAGGAGGAGACCCCUCCCGGGGAAUGGCUCUUCGGCGGGGUCCGGUGGGGCUGGAAUUUUCGGUGUAAACCGCCAGUGGGCCUAAACCCAAGGACUGGGCCUGAGGGGCUCCCCUAUUCCUCCCCAGACAACGGCGAGGCUGUCCUGGACCCCAGCCAGGCCGCAAGGCCCUUCAACGAUCCCUGUAAAUACCCUGGCCGGACCAAAGGCUUUGGCCACAAGCCGGGGCUGAAGAAGCACCCGGCAGGGUCCUCGGGGGGCCGCCCCUUCACCUGCGCCACGUGCGGGAAGAGCUUCCAGCUGCAGGUCAGCCUGAGCGCGCACCAGCGCAGCUGCGGGCUGCCCGACGGCGCGGGCCCCGGGGCAGGGGCGGCGGGUGGCAGCACGCGGGACGGCAGCGCCCUGCGGUGCGGGGAGUGCGGCCGCUGCUUCACGCGCCCCGCGCACCUCAUCCGCCACCGCAUGCUGCACACGGGAGAGCGGCCCUUCCCCUGCACCGAGUGCGAGAAGCGCUUCACCGAGCGCUCCAAGCUCAUCGACCACUACCGAACGCACACGGGCGUGCGGCCCUUCACCUGCACCGUGUGCGGCAAGAGCUUCAUCCGCAAGGAUCACCUCCGCAAGCACCAGCGCAACCACGCGGCGGGGGCCAAGGCGCCGGCCCGCGGCCCCCAGCUGCCGCCGCUGCCUGCCGGCCCCCCGGACCCCUUCAAGAGCCCCGCCUCCAAAGGACCCUUGGCCUCCACAGACCUGGUGACCGACUGGACUUGUGGUCUCAGUGUGCUGGGACCCACUGAUGGCGGGGACCUGUGAGCGCCCCAGCCCCGCAGCCACGCAGCCACGCGUGUAAAAAGCCCGUUCUCAGACGGCAGCGUGGCCUUGGGCGCUCAGAGGCGGAAACGGAGACUGGGAACCAAAUUUCCAAGUUGCUGAACUGAUCACUGGAAAAAGAGAAACUGUCAAACAAUGCGGCUUCCACCUCUAAACAAAGUAGAAUUCUCUGAUUGUGAAAUACGAGCACCGUAGAAUUUUAAGUAAUUUAAUUGCAAACCUGUUUUUGUUCUUUUUUUUCAAUUCUUGAGGAAAAAGCUGGAAAGUAGUAGUAGUGCCAGUUUAAAUUUUGUAGCGCACUUUUGGUUUUCAGGGCGUGCGUUUCUGUUGCCGUGUCUGACCGAGUCUGAUCGUGAAUGUGUUGGAAGGUUGGCCAGCUGGGGUGCCCCCGCCCCACUGACCCCUGGGGAUGGGGUCCUGCCAACCACUCAGUCCGGUGGGAGGUGCGCUGGGACCCUGCGAUGUCCAAGCGGGCCGAUCUGGGCCUGGAGCGCCAAGCCCUGGGCAGUGAGGCCACCCAGUGCCCGGGAACCCACCUCAGUGCAGCAGGAAAGACCGUCUGGGAGCAGCAGUUACACUCCCCAGCUUGCCUCCAUCUGAAAAGGCUCCCCCAGAAGUGCUGGCCCCAACUUUUCCCUAUUUCGGGCCACCUGCAGUCCCUCUCCAAAGGGAACUUGGUAGUGUCCCCUGCUGUGUGACUCCUGGGCCUCGUGAGGGAGGGUUGUCAGAAACCGUAGUGUUCGGUCUGGAGAGGUGAAGAAACCGAGGCUCAGGGAGUUGAACCCUCAAACAUCUAGUAACCCGCAGAGCCAGAGCGAAGCCCGGCCUGCCCACCCCACCUGGGGCUGCUUCCUGCUCCCACAAGACGCCUCUGUUUCCUGUUCCCUCUGCGUAGCGUUUUCUUAUUUUCAAAACACUUCCACAUCGCAUCUCGUGUGAUCAUUACUCAGACUUUGGGAAGCAGCAGGACAGGGAUUUCUUCUGAGAGAUGAGGAAAUAAACUGCUCCAAGGGGACACGGCUUCUCACUGCGGGUACGCAGUGGCGUGUCAGGAGUUGGGAAGAGCCCAGGUGAGACACAGCUCAUUCUCCUGGAACAUCAGUUUGGGGAGAAAAGGUUUCCAUUUUUGUCCUCUUAAAAGAUUUGGCCCACAGCGACCUAAGUCAAAUCAUCAGGCCUCAAAAGAACUUGGCUUGUAGCAGCUGCUUCUGUGGACCAGCCUUCUGGGUGUGCGUGCUUGGUCGUCCGUUGGGCAUUCCAGAAAGCACAGCCCCAGAGGCUCGGUGCCAGACAGCGGCCUGUUCAUCCGUGCGUCUAAUAUCUUAAAGGUGGGCCCAGAUGUCUUGAUUCUGCCACAGUGCUGUCCCGACCACCCAAAUAUCCAUUCCCGUUUUGUUGAAGCAGCCACUGGUCCUCUUGCCCAAAAUGGGCAACUUGUCUCCCCGGCAGACGGGGAGGCCAC